CUUCGCUCAGCGUCACGCUAACCACUAUGCUUCGUUGGCACAUUCAACGGAUCCCUAAGCUUACUCGGCUACACGGCUUACAUACCAGCGCCAGCAGGAGACGAGAAUUGUUCGAUCCCAAGAACGUGGAUCGAGCCUCGGAUGAUGUGGACGUUUGCAUAGUUGGCGCGGGUCCGGCUGGACUCAGUGCUGCCAUACGACUGAAGCAGUUGGAACAGGAAACGGGCAACGAAGUGAGGGUUGUAGUACUUGAGAAAGGUUCGGAAGUAGGCUCGCAUAUACUAUCCGGAGCAGUCAUUGAACCACGCGCACUCAACGAAUUGCUCCCUGACUGGUCAUCCCGGGAGGGUCAUCCGCUCAUUCAACCGGCGACCAGUUCAUCGAUGCGCUUCUUCACGAAAUCACGGUCAUUCCCCAUACCACACCCACCUCAGAUGGGUAACAAAGGGAAUUAUAUUGUGUCGCUAUCACAGUUCACGGCAUGGCUCGGUUCGAUAGCCGAGGAAAUGGGCGUGGAGGUGUAUCCGGGUUUUGCCGGCGCUGGUAUCGUCUAUGAUGAGGAUGGAAGGACAGUCAAAGGCGUUCGGACGAACGAGGUUGGGCUUGACCGCGAAAACCGCAUGAAAGACUCCUUCGAGCCCGGUAUGGAAUUUCGCGCCAAGGUCACUCUUCUAGCGGAAGGGGCGCACGGAUCCCUGACCAAGGAAAUCGUUCGUCAAUUUGACCUUCGCAAAGAUGCCGACCCACAGACGUAUGCAAUCGGGAUCAAGGAGGUUUGGCGAGUUGACUCAAGCCAAUACCGGCCUGGAGAGGUAGUCCAUACUAUAGGUGCGCCGCUAGACAUGCAUACAUACGGCGGUGGAUGGGUCUAUCACAUGGCCGACGGCCUUGUCAGCCUUGGUCUGGUGAUUGGUCUGGACUACGCCAACCCGUACUUGAGUCCAUAUAACGAGUUCCAGCGCAUGAAGCUCCACCCGUACUUCAGGAAACUGCUCGGUGGCAAUUCUAGCCGAAUCGCGUACGGCGCGAGAACACUCAACGAGGGCGGUCUUCAAUCAAUUCCGAGGCUGGAUUUUCCCGGUGGCGCUCUGAUAGGGUGUUCGGCUGGCUUCGUGAACAUAGCCAAAAUCAAGGGCACGCAUAAUGCCAUGAAAAGCGGUAUGCUUGCGGCCGAAACUGCCUUCCGAUCCGUGAUGAAAGGCAGUGAAUCCGACGAUGCCAGGGACAUGAGCGCAUACGACUCUGCCCUUCGUAACAGUUGGGUUUACUCCGAUCUGCAUGAAGUCCGUAAUCUUCGGGCGUCAUUCAACACACCUCUGGGAAUCUGGGGAGGUAUCGCAUACUCCGGACUUGAUACACUCUUACUGAAAGGUCGCACUCCGUGGACGUUCCGUAACACGGGAAAGAUCACGGACGCUCAGCAUACCGGAAAAGCACGGGAAUUCAAACCCAUUCAGUAUCCUCCUUUUCAACCCCCGCUUUCCACGGACUUACUCACCAGUCUCGCUCUGACGGGUACCAACCACGCCGAAGAUCAGCCUGUUCACCUCAGACUAAUCGGGGACGAUAAAGCCAAAGCGAGGAGACAACACGUGGAAAGAAACGUGGGCGAAUAUGCAGGGCUCCUUGGGAGGGCGUGUCCCGCAGCUGUCUAUGAGUACGUCGAAGACCAAGAAGGCAGCAAGGAGGACGGCUGGGGUGGCAAGAGGCUCGUGAUCAAUUCCCAGAACUGCAUUCACUGCAAGCUCUGUGACAUCAAGGUGCCCACGCAGGAUAUCAACUGGACUGUACCAGAAGGUGGCGGAGGUCCGAAGUACACCAUUACAUGACCGUGACCGCGGUGAGCUAGUACAUAUGCAAUGCACCAGUUUACUCGACGCACGUUCGUGGAGUGUGGAGCAAGUCUCAGAAUCGGUAUAGUCGUGUGUCGUAGACUCAAUGCGAG